AUGCUUGGGUUAAUAAAUAUCGAAAGCUACUCCCUCAGUGGCAGUCUCUCUGUGGCUCUAACCAGUCGACAAUCCCAAUUGAGAUAUCCAGAGUUAAUCAAGUUGAUGCUGCGACCUGCGAGAUUGGACAUUGAAAUGUCAGCCAUGUUGAAAGAACAGUUGGUUAAAGUCUUCUCUUCGAUGAAAUCAUGUAGACAACUCGAUGAAGGAAUGUUAUUCAAUAUGAACCGGAACUUGAUGCUUUUCUCGAGUUUCUCAUCUGGUGAUUUUCCAUCUGGGUUGAUAAGCCUACUGCUGUUAGUACAGGGUUUGAGGGACCAGGACUUACUAUUGCACAGAAGAUCUGGGUACUGUGUUGCAUCUGUUGACGAGAUCAAUGGCACGUCGAGCAUAGUUUCUAAUACAACGUAUAGAAGGAUUUUGCAAAGCUGCUCUUUCAGCAACCUACUCGUAUUUCUUUUGACAGGAAGGUAUAGGAGUCUUGUCUAUGGAAGCCCCAAUAUGAGUCGAGCUGUAAGCUUUGAGUAUAUGAACUGCCAGUUGGUGUGGAACGAAUAUUCGGAAAUGCUACUGCUAUUUCUUCCUCGUCUCACUUCAUCAUCUGUUAAAUGUUUUCUCCAUCCAUUCUCAAAGGAUAAAUCUUCAAAUUCAGUAGGGAAUGAAGCAUUAUGCCCAUGCUCCAUCUGCCAAGCAACUCCAACCACUCCAUUUUUAGCACUUCCAUGUCAGCACAGGUGCAAUGAGCCUAUGCAACGGCAUAAGGGUUCUUUCCAUGAUGUUACUCAAAAAGAAUGA